UCAAAAAUAGGUAGAAUGUAGCUACAGUUCGUCUUACAUAAACUAACUGUCGAACGGCCUCCUGUUAUUCUUCUUUAAUUUUGAUAUUAUGGUUUAAAACCUUUCAGUGCCUCUCAGGAUACUUAACACUACUUGGGAGAAUUCCGUUUCAUGUGAAUGGCAAAAAAUCCCAGAUGCCCCUCCUUUCCUUCACUUCCAGCAGGAAUACGGAACUGAAUAUUUCCCCACUUGUGACAGGUAGUGGCAUAACAGGAGAACAUGGCAGAAGCUCACCAGGCCGUUGCAUUUCAGUUCACAGUCACCCCAGAGGGCAUUGACCUCCGACUCAGCCAUAAUGCAUUGAAAGAGAUCUACCUCUCAGGUAUCAGGGCCUGGAAGAAGAAAUGCAUCAGAAUCAAGAACAAUUUUGCAAGUGGUGUCUACCCUGCUAGCCCUUCUAGCUGGCUUUUUGUGGUGUUGACUGUACUUGGUACCAUGUAUACAAGAAUUGACCCCUCAAUGGGAAUGAUAGGCAAGCUUAAGGACCACCUCCCUCUAAGAAGAUAUAUGUCACACCAGGGUCAAAAUCUGGUGAGUGCACUGCUGUUUGCAACAGGACUGUGGCUGGCACUGAUUUUUAUGAUGCGACAGAUUCUCAAAUGCCUCCUCUCCUAUCACGGCUGGAUGUUUGAAGAGCAUGGCAAGGUGUCCACCACUACCAAAGUCUGGUUUACACUAGUGAAGAUCUUCUCAGGACGUAAACCAAUGUUAUACAGUUUCCAGAACUCCCUUCCACGUCUGCCUGUUCCAUCUGUAAACGACACCUUAAGAAGGUUUUUAGAAUCGGUGAGGCCUUUGAUGAAUGAUGAGGACUUCCGACGGACAAAGGCCUUGGCAAAAGACUUUGAAAGGAACCUGGCACCUCGGCUGCAGUGGUACCUUAAACUGAAGUCUUGGUGGGCUACCAACUAUGUGAGCGAUUGGUGGGAACAGUACGUCUAUCUACAAGGGCGAGAACCAAUCAUGGUGAACAGCAACUAUUAUGCCAUGGAUUUCUUGUAUGUGACUCCGACAACAAGUCAAGCUGCACGUGCUGGUAAUCUGGUCCAUGCUUUGCUCCUUUACAGGCGACGACUUACUUAUGAGGAAAUACCACCGAGUACUUUGCCAGGGUUCCCAAUACCUCUGUGUUCAGCACAGUGGGAACGAAUGUUCAACACGACUCGACUGCCAGGCGAGGAGACAGACUUUAUACAACACCGUGUGGACAGCAAGCACAUUGUGGUCUAUCACAAGGGUCGUUAUUUUAAGGUUUGGGUAUAUCAAGGCGGGCGCCUUCUGAAUCCUUGUGAGCUACAGGUCCAAUUCCAGUACAUCCUGGAUGAGAAUUCUUCACCUCAGCCUGGGGAAAAAUAUCUGGCUGCAUUAACUGCAGGAAACAGAAUUCCUUGGGCUAAGGCUCGAAAAGCAUACUUCAGCUCUGGAAAGAACAAGACUUCACUGGAAAGCGUGGAGAAAGCGGCAUUUUUUGUCACUUUGGAUGACACUAAAUAUGAUCUAUUUGUGGAUAACCAGGUGCAAUCACUGGAUGAAUAUGCCAAGUCACUCUUACAUGGCAAAUGCUAUGACAGAUGGUUUGAUAAAUCAUUCACUUUCAUUGUGUUUGCAAAUGGAAAAGUGGGAUUAAAUGCAGAACAUUCCUGGGCUGAUGCACCAAUCAUUGGACAUCUAUGGGAGUAUGCUUUGGCCACAGACAGUUUUCAACUGGGAUAUGAUGACGAUGGUAACUGUAAAGGCGAAGCAGAUACUACUCUUUUAUUGCCACAGAGACUGCAAUGGGACAUCCCAAAGGAGUGCCAAGAAGUGAUCAUGUAUUCCCUGAAGGUGGCACAGAGGCUGGCUGAAGAUGUUGAUUUCUAUGCAUUCCCCUUCACUAAGUUUGGUAAAGGUAUGAUUAAGAAGUGCCGAACCAGUCCUGAUGCCUUCAUCCAGAUUGCACUGCAGCUCGCCAACUUCAGGGAUAAAGGUUCAUUCUGUUUGACCUAUGAAUCGUCAAUGACUCGACUGUUCCGUGAGGGGAGGACUGAGACUGUGCGCUCAUGCACAGUUGAGUCGUCCAACUUUGUGACAUCCAUGGAGAGUGAGAAGUUUUCGGUUGAUGAAUGUCUAAAUCUGUUCCGUAUUGCUGCCAAAAAUCACCAGCACAUCAGCCGACUUGCCAUGACCGGAUGUGGUGUUGAUCGUCACCUCUUCUGCCUCUAUGUGGUGUCCAAAUACCUUGGAGUCAAUUCACCAUUCCUUCAAGAGGUGCUUUCUGAACCAUGGUGUCUGUCAACAAGCCAAACACCCAUCCAGCAGAUUGAGCUAUUUGACCUUAUAAAUCAUCCAGAAUACAUCUCCAUUGGUGGUGGUUUUGGCCCAGUUGCAGAUGAUGGUUACGGUGUUUCUUACAUUAUCGUCGGAGAAAAUCUCAUCAACUUCCACAUCUCUUGCAAAGUCUCCAGCCCAUUAACGGACGCACAUCGUUUUGGUAAAAACAUCAUCCAAGCGAUGUCAGACAUCCUUGCGCUCUUCAAUUUGGAUGCAAGAAAGCCCUAAAUGUAACCAUUUUACCUGCCUGACACAACAAAAGGGAGGGGAAGAAAAACACUGAGGAUCCUGCACACCCGAGGUUGCUUGAACAGUUUGUUCUGCUAAAGGACUUGGCGUGCGUAUGCACUGUUUUUUUUGUCAACUUGCAUUAUUUAUUCAUUUGUGUCAAGGGGGCUGAUCUUAAAUUAAAAAAAAGCAACAACAAUGCAAAAGAAAGGGAUUUACCGUUGGAAUUCUGAUGUGCGGAGGAGACAGAGCUUGAACUUAACAUUAACUAUUUAAGUGCCAUUUUCCCGACAAAAGGUUAAGCUAUAACAUUUUAUUAUUCUUGCCAUUCUCAGUUACCUUGCGUGACCUGCACCGUGUGUUCUACUUUGGUGUUGCACACCUAUAUAUCUUUGCAGUUGGGAUAUACAGUAGAGCAGUGAACGUCUAAACCUCACAUGAAGACUCUGGGAAUACCAGAAUGCAAACAAUCAGCAAAAUGGGAGAGAUUGGCCUACUAUAGCCUGGGAAGGGAAGGCUGAUACUAAUCUGGAACGAUUCACUUCCCAGGUCUGCAAACGCAGCGAUGAGUAAAGUGGUGAAAGGUUUAAAAAUAACAUUUGCUGCAGCUUUCUGUUUGGUUUGAGGGCAUCAUUUUGCUUAAUGUGCCUUGGAUCAUUAUGGAGGAAGAACUAUUCUAAUCAAAGAGAAAAGGGUUCCAGUUUUAAUUGCAGCAUCACACCCCUUGUGCCUAAUUGCACAGAGCUUUCAAAAUGUAAGAGGACAGCAAGAGUGCAAAAUGUCCAAACACCUUUACUAGACACAAUGUAUUUCCUUAAAAGCUUGAUUUUUUUUAAUGUAAAAAAAAUCUGGGGAUAGUCAAUACCCAAAGCAUAGUACAACGCCUGGGGACAGCAUUACUUUUGCACCACUGCUACUGUAGUACUGUCAUUAUUGUAAAGUCAGUGGUGCCGUUGGAUUUGUGAACUAUAUCUAACAAUGAACAACUGAUUACCGGGAUCACGGCUGGUGUGGUGGUCAGCAGUAAGGGGAAGGGACUUGUAUUUAUAAAUAGCAACUUCAAAAAGUUGAGAAGUCUUGAUUGCAUUUAACACAUGGAAAUGGUUGCACUUGUCUGAGAGAAAUUUCUGUUCCAUUCAAUGGGUACUGAAUCUGAUUGUGGUGGCUAGCAAUGAAAUGAUAGUUCCCUUCUCCAAAUCAUUAUUAAAAUCUAAAUUCCAUUAAUGUACAGGGCUAGGCAGAAGAAUGUACUUGAAUGCAGAACAAAUCAUUUGUUUCACUCUUAACCAGCCAAUCAUUUGACAUGUACCCUGAGAAACAAGGAACAGAAAGCUGCAUCAAAUUCAAUUACUGUAGAGAAAGUAUUUCGCAUCCUAUCCACAUCUAUUAACUCACCGUUGGCCUUGUGGUGGAUUUUAAGAAAGAAAUUUGGAUUUUCUGUGUUUAAACAUAAUCUUCUGAAGAUUGACAAAACUUUCUUUUUUUUUUGAGCCAUUUUUAUCUUUGGCAAUUGCCUUGUUUUUAAAACUGUUAAGUUCAAGCUCUGUCUGUUGAAGCUGGUGCCUUUAAAUGCAGUUAUUAAAUAUAGAAUUUAUUUGUUUUCAUUAAGCUGAACCUCUGGUUAGCCAGUUUUCCAUUUCUCAAGAUUAUGGGCAACCUUCAUUUUUCACAGCCUCUAUGGGAUGUAAAUUUGGAAAACCUAAUGGAAGUUAAGUCCUCAUCGACCACAACUGGAGUAAAAUUCACUGGGAACUAAAUAAAAUGUGGCAGUGGAAAAGGAGCUGGGCAUGCUGGGGAAUCAUGAAUUGAAUAAAAAACAACUAUUAAGAUGAAUCUGUAGUUAUCUUUUUGGUUCAGGUGGGGGCUGUAGGAAUUGAAUGCACAAUGUUGCAGCCCUCAUCACAAAACAUCACAGCAAAUUUGUAACUGUAUUUGGGAAGGUUGCCACUAUUUGCCUUUUUAAUCAAAUUUUAGGUGUGAUGUUUAACUGAUGCUCAGAUUAUAACUGUUAAAAUCAGAGGGUUUCUGCUCCGUCCCUUACAUCCACCUCCUUUUUAUACUAGUGAUACUAAAAUUUCACUUCAAAAUUGUGCAACCUGACCCUGCAAGCCAUUUCUUUUCACCAAUUGUUCUGCCCUCACAUCUGCAGAACUAAUCAUGCCACAUCCAGACCCAGACUAAGACAUUAACAGAUUUGUGAAUAACUGGCUAACCAGAAGCAAGAGGAUGAGUUUAGGUCCAUGGUAUUUAUAAUGUAUUUGUAUGUAUUCUAUUAAACUAACAAUUCCAUGAAGUCAUUACUGCAAGACACUAGGACUGUCUGGCAGGACAGCUACACGUUAAACCAAAAGGGAGGAGGAAGUAGAAGCUGGGAGUCUUGAACACUAGGAACAGAUUGAAACGAUGGAAUUAAGAAGUGAUUGAAGGAUGAUUAAAUGACAAUCACACUUAAAAUAACUUUCUGUAACAUUUGCAAAACUUUGAUCAUAGCCGAUAAAAUGCAAAAUGGAGAUCUUGGGUCUCGGUAGGGAUUUAAAAUGCCCCUUUUAUAUAUGAAAAAAAAUAAGUGAGAAGGAUUUGUUUCGACCAGGGUUAUUUUCCACACACUUUCUCUCUUUGCCUUUAAGAAAAUAUAAUCUCCCCCUUGCAAAUCAUUUUAUAAAUGUUAUUUAAUUGGUGUUUUAAUAGUACGUCAAAUCUUACCAGUCCUGAGCACGACAGCAGGGCUUACGACAUUGCUUAAGCAGUGUGACACACUGGCACUGUUCAAGAUUCCACAUGAUAGCAUGUGAAGGCAUGUGUUGCUGGUAACUACUAAGCCACCUGCUUGUCAGGACGCUCAUGUUAAGGGCUGUUCAUCAGGUUGUUGCAUUUAUUCAAUGUCAGCAGCUGAUUGUGUACAAAUGUUGCCUCUGAGAAAACCUCAUGUUGCACAGCAUGAGAGUUGAGGAAAAAAUCUUAACUCAGGUGCAAAUAAAUUACAAAGAGCCUAUCCCAUAAUUCGGAGGAAAUCUGAUAUUAGUGGUGGCAUUUUGCAAUUGUAUUCAGUUUAAUCUUGACAGUGCUGACUUGUUUUGAAACAUGUCCCAUAGGGAAGUAAGUUAUCAGACUUGAUCUGGUUAUACUAUAAGCAGUUAGUCAACUUGUCCACAAUUGAUCUAUUUUAGCAACAGUGAUGUAGUUUGAUUUAAAGCAGCACAUUCCAGACAUGGUGGGAGCUGAACCAAAGUUAAACCAGACCUCACUUGUGAUGCAACGUGUGUGUCAAAGUGAUUCUCAGGACUCUGCAUUUUCAGGGUAACACGGUAUGACCUUUGUCUAUAUGAGAGAGAAUAAUUUACAAUUACGAUUAAACAAUUAGCUGAUUUUGGCAUGGGGUCGAAAGCUGUGUGUGGUGAUCAUAAGGACCAAGUUUGAGAUCAAUUGCAGAAGGUUCCUGACACGUUACCAAAGAGCAGUGUGACCAAAGGACCAUAUUAUACGAUUGCAGUCUUCAGUCACACCAACACUUAUCUCCACUGUACGUUUAUGGAAUGAAUGUCUUUUUCUGUUACAUUUCUGGUAUUUUUAAAAUUGUUAAUAUUUUACUGUUUUAGAUUUUGCCCUUAAAUCAUUACACCUCUUAGUCUUUAGUGCAACAGUUUCAGCCUAACCGAAUGAGUUAUAUUUAAGGUAGAGUUUUGAACUUGUUUCAAAUUUGUGCCUUUUCUCCAGUGGAAAGUCAAGGAUAAAAGUGCACAACUUGAGGGUUAAAUUCAGGAGUGGCUGAACUGUGAGAAAGGAGUAUCAAAUUACCACAAUACGGUGUGUUCAAAUAGUGCAGUGUACAGCAAUGAAGUGCCAUACUAGUACAAUGUGAGGAGUGCACAGGGCUGUGUGGACUUAACAGUUUGAGAUUUCUGUCCCUCUCCCAUAAGACAGGAAAUAUAUUGCCAGGAAGAAAGAAUGGAGGUUGAUUACAAAGACCUCCACUAGCAAUUUCAUCAGAGCUGCUUCUGGUUUGGCUGUGGUGCAUUUUCAUUAGAAAGCUUGGUGCGACACUGCAAAGUGGUCUCUGCCAAGGUUAAAGCUUUGGAACGAACCCUAUGUAGAGUUCCAACAUUCCUGCUUGUGAGGCUUGGGGAAGGAGAGAAACCACAGAAUCUCACUGGCCUGCUUUAGUGGUAGUGUGAAUUUACGUUUUUCAGAUGUAGAGUAGAAUCAACCAGGUCAUGCUCUGUUGGAAAGAUUUGCUGUCUGAUUCAUAGACACGCAGGUCCCCAGUUACCUGAAGCUUACUGUGGACAUAGAUAACACAGGAGGAUUUUAGGGAUCCCCAGAAUGACCCAUUCUGAGAGUAAGAUAAGUUCACAUGACACCGAUUCAGAACAGUGACUUUAGAGCUGCAGCGUCAGUCUCAUUGGCCCUGUCCAAGUGGAGUUCAAAACCUGGAUAGUUUUACCUAGUGGCAGGAGCACUAAACUUGCUCACUUAUUUACCAGACAACUCCCAUCCUGUGUAUUGCCUAGCAUUCCUGAAAACCUCAAAUUUCUUUGAGUUAAAGAUGCUGCAACACCCAUGGCUUAAAAUGUCCUGUAUCCAGGCUGAGCUGGGAGAUCAGGCCUGUCACAGGUGGUCCUGAGUCCCUGCUGAGUUAGCUGAUCUCAGCAAGGGUUGUGGAACAAGAGUAGGUGGACCAGGGAGGGGAAAAAUCCACUAUGAUUUCACCCAGUCACUGCUGCUGGAGCAUGUUGCUAUUUUUGUGUGUGCCAGUGUCUGUGUCACCAUCUGGGGGUGGAUGGAAGAGUUUGUGUGUGUGUAUGUAUGUAUGUCACCAUCUGUGUGCGCUUAUGUCACCAUCUGUCUGCGCGUGUGUGUGGUUCUCUUGAUCAGGCUCAGCUUUGAUGUUCUUUAAGGUUGUGAAGUUUGUUGCUGCCCAUUGCCUAUGAGAGAGGCACUGGAUGACAUCUGAUUCCCAGCAAGUAGUUGGCGCUCUUAGUGAAGAAGAGGUCUUGAGUUGCUUUGGCAUCUUCACCGCUAUUAAUUAGAGUUUUGAAAGACUACAGAAUAUUGCCUCGAUCCUGUGUGCCCCAUCUCUUGUGACUCUUGAUGCAUUGCAUUGAGCGGUGAAUAAUAAUUUCAAAUCUAUGUGUGAUAGAACCUGGUAUAAUCCCAUGAAUGUAAUCCAUUCUUUCAAAGCCCUCAAGUUUAAAUCCAAGUUCCAAACUUGUAAUAGCCUCUUUUUCUUUUACAUAUUCAUAAAACACAAAGACUACGUAGUAUGAAUUUGUCCACAUUAUUAAUAAUCUAGUCUGUAAUAUCUUUAAAGACAUAGAUUCCUAGUUGGCCAAGUGAUUUGAGGAUUUAACUCUGGGCUUGAAAUGCUAUUGUUUGAAUAGCCCUCUGUUUGGCAGAUGCAGUUGUGGUUCAUGACUUCUGCUAUCCACUCACUUGUUUAUUGGUCUACUGUGAAUUAUUCCUGAUUGCAACUCCCAGCUGUCUUUCUGUAGGAAUAAAAUGGGAACAACAGCGAGUGCAGAAUUGUCCUCUUGAGUGCUAUACAUUUUUUUUUUAAAAGUAAUGCAGCAGAACAUGUGCAGGAACAAGCAGCACACCUACGAACACCUUGUCAGCCUGGUCAGAACUGCAGUCGCACAAAACUCCUGUUAAAUAUUGUGCACAAAACCCACUUACUUUGAGUGGGAACGGGUAUCUCUCUCCAUUUGGUGCUCUCAUUUUCAGUGUCAUUAGAAGAAUUUUGUCUCCUAUGUCAAAUCGUGUUUGUUGCAUUAUCGGUUGUUUUUAUUAUCUCUGAAUUCUUUUGAAUUUCUUUCUUUUCUGUAAAUGUCUAUGCAGGUAUCAAUGCAAUCAGUAAGGGAUAUUCAGAAGUAAAAUAUCAGUUGCCUGAAA